UUAUCACCUCUCUCUUUUCACGAUCACAGAAUCAGGUAAACGAUUGGUUGACGGGAUGGUUGUGCAAGGAAAAGCAAGUGGCCCUGUCCUGCGUGAACAUAUGAAGAAGAAGAAGAAAGAUGAAAAGAUAACUCCCCGGAUUGGCUUUACGGACAACAACAGGAAAGUUGGUCGGCCUCCGGUUUGUUCUUCCUCAAAUGGAAAGGAAAAAAUUGCUGGGAGUUCAUCUCGAACUCCGGGUGGAUUUGGAUACUUGAGAAAGCCAGCCAAAGUUACUGGCAGGAGACAGCCUUCAUCUAAUUUGGACACAGAUUCUGUUCAUGAUGAUUCUGCUGCAGCUGAGCCCACCCUUCCACGCCUAAAGACUAAAAGAAGCAUUCAGUCUCAAAACACCUUCUCUGGAGGAGGGGUAAUGACAAAGGCAGGAAGCUCAAGUAGUCAUCAGAAAUCUGACUUGGACACUCGAGUGGGUCCCUCGGUUUCUUCAUCCUCUGCUAGCGACCGCACUGUAAGAGGUGGUCUGAGCAGGAAUGGAUUGAGGAAUUUGAGGUGCAACUCUAUUAUGUCUAAUGUUCUUCCAACUAGCUCAAGCUCGGCAACAAAAAUAAGUGUGAGUAAAACGAAAAAAUCUGAUGGAGAGAGCAGCUCCUCUAGCAAAGGCAAUAAGAGUGGCGUGUCAGUGCUAAAGGGAAUGAAUCAAAGUUCUUCUCAUGGAAACGGAACCACACUUUCUGAUAGCAGAAGGAAUCGUGUAGUACCAACUAUCAGGGAUAAUGGUGUUGUUUCAAGUAGUAGAUCAGGACGACGUGGAGCUGUUGCAUCCCUUGCUACUUUCCGACAAACACCUCAUCCUGCAACACCAACCAAUUCCAGUUCUUCUCGUACAUUUACUCCAUCAAAUAGUUACAGUAGGACGAGCAGUAGUACCGGCCGGUUAGGUCGCAUGAUGCCUGGUAGCCCCUCUUUGGUGAACCGGGAUGGUUUAAGUCGCUACAACAUGAAUGGAAUUGCUGAGAUACUGUUGGCCCUGGAGAGAAUUGAACAUGAUCAAGAGCUUACAUAUGAGCAACUAGCCUCUUUAGGGACGAAUCUAUUCUUAAGUGAUAUGAUCAGAUUCUACGAUCAGCAUAGCGACAUGAGGCUUGACAUUGAUAACAUGUCAUAUGAGGAACUACUAGCUUUGGGAGAUGAAAUGGGUACAGUGAGCACAGCUCUAAGCGAAGAAGCACUCUCGAGAAGCCUCAAGAAAAGCAUUUAUCAGGAGACAGAUGAAACUGGUGCCAUCUCUCUGAAUAAGGAUGAUGAUAUCAAGUGCAGUAUUUGCCAGGUCUCUCUUUUUAUUCAACUACAAAUUAAUCCACUGCUUUGUCUAGUUUAUACUUCACUUUCUUUUUUCUGCAUUCUUCAUACAAAAUCUUGGAUUUCAUUCUUCAUGAAUCAUGAUUAA